CACACCUCUCGAAAUGCCCACCCAACUCGCUCUCUUACUCGAACAAUCCCAAACAGACGUAGGCUCAUUCCUAACAAACUUAAUGACAAGCAUCGACCUCGACUGGGGUCGCUUCGAAACGGAAUGGGAGGCAUUCAAGGCUAAGAUACCUGAACCUUGGAAACUUAAUAACGAUGGCCGGGAGUUUAAAGUAGGGGAGAGGAUGAGAGAUAGAGGGUUACGUGCGGAGUACCCUGUUGUGCUUGUUCCGGGGAUUAUAUCGACCAGUUUGGAGUCGUGGUCGACCCGGGAGGAGUACAGAGGAUGGUUUAGGGAGAAGGUGUGGGGUGGUUUGCACAUGGUUACACAAGUUACGUUCAACAAGGAUAAGUGGAUGAACGCUGUCAUGUUGGACCCCAUAACCGGACUCGAUCCUCCUGGAGUGAAAGUACGAGCAGCACAAGGAAUCGACGCAGCCUCCUCCUUCGUCCAAGGUUACUGGAUCUGGUCCAAAAUCGUCGAGAACCUCGCUGUCGUGGGGUACGAUCCGAACAACCUCUUGCUAGCUGCGUAUGAUUGGAGAUUGAGUUAUUGGAAUUUGGAAGAACGCGAUGGGUAUUUUUCGAGGUUGAAAGCUAGUAUUGAGGAGAUGAGGAAGCGACAUGAUAAGAAAGUCGUACUUGUCGCGCAUUCUAUGGGUAGCUCGGUAUUCGUUGACAGUAUGAAAUGGGUCGAGUCCCCUCGGUUCGGCGGUGGUGGGCCGACCUGGGUAGAGGAUCAUAUCGAAUCCUUCAUAUCCGUGGCAGGGACGCAUCUCUUUGUGCCAAAAGCGAUGACAGCCUUCCUCUCAGGUGAGAUGAAGGAUACGGUUGAGUUAAACCCUACUGGAGCGUACGUACUCGAACGAUUCUUUUCACGUAAAGAACGCGCAAAGCUUUUCAGAACGUGGGCGGGUAGUGCGAGUAUGUGGAUCAAGGGCGGCAACGCCAUCUGGGGCAACCAUACUCACUCCCCAGACGACCCUGAUAACUGUACCGAAGCGUCAACACAUGGGAGGUUCCUGUCUUUCCGACCUUCUGAGAUUCUCGGGCAAAACGCGCUGGAGAAAAAUAAUGAGGGAAAGAGUGUGAGUGCGGACGUGAAGAGGAACUUGACGGCGGAAGAGGCGGGGAAUUGGAUCUUGGAGCAUGCGGAUGUUAGUUUUCAGAAAAUGAUGGAAAGCAAUUAUUCGUGCGGGAUUGAGCGAGACGAGAAGAAGUUGAAGGCGAACGACGAUGAUCCGAGAAAAUGGAGUAAUCCUUUAGAGUCUAGACUACCGAAUGCCCCGUCGAUGAAGAUAUAUUGUGUGUAUGGGCACGGGAAGGAAACUGAGCGAUCCUACUGGUACGCCCGAGGCGAAUACGAAUACGACGAAUCCUUCGCAGACGCACAGGGUGCAGUAUGUGAGGAUUCUGAGGCUGCGAAUUGUACGACCCCAAGAGCGCCGUUGGACUUGCCGCUUUCGAGACGGAAUUGGAUUGAUUAUGGGGUGCAGGAUGAGGGUGGGGUUGUUAAGACGAAGAAUGGAGUAAAGCUGGGAGAGGGAGACGGGACUGUUAGUUUGUUAAGUCUUGGUGCGAUGUGUGUGGAGGGUUGGAAGAGGAAGCGAUGGAAUCCUGGUGGGGUGAAGGUUAUCACGACUGAGCUCCCACAUCUCCCAACAUCCUCCAUCCCGCGCGGAGGCGCCAACACAAGUGAUCAUGUUGACAUAUUGGGCUCGACGGGGUUGAAUGAGUUGAUUGUGAAGGUUGCUACGGGAGCAGGUGAAGAGUUGUAUGAUGUGUUUGUUAGUCGGAUUAGGGAGUACGCAGCCAAGGUCCAAUGGGAUUGAUGAAGGAUUAUUUGAUUUUGGAGGGUGGUAAGGUAGAGGUAGAUAUAUUAUACUCAGAUAAGUGUAAUGAUUAGAUUAUACUAAUUUAUAGUUGUGCGAUAUGU